AACAGAACCGCCGAUCUGGCCGCGAAAUCGCUGAGCUUUCGGCGCCGCUCCAGCACAUUCGUUGACGCCAUUCAUGAUUUGCCCCAGAAGGAGUCCAUGGCUCCUGCGCAGCUCUACUCUACCGAAUCUGGCCGACUUUUCCACUCAGGACGAAUCGUAAUCGCAACUGUUGGUCUACCAGCCCGAGGCAAAACACACAUCAGUGUUGCACUCGCGCGAUACCUCAGAUGGCUUGGAGUUAAGACUCACAUCUUCCAUCUGGGUGACUAUCGCCGUGAUAUCGUCGGACCCAACGGCGAGGUCCCUGACGACUAUUUCCACGUCAAUGCCAGCACAUCAUCGGUCCUACUCCGGAACAAGAUUCUCAAGAAGUGCCGGGAAGACAUUCUCCAUUUCCUCAACCAUGAGAACGGUCAAAUUGCAAUCUACGACGCUGUCAAUCCACUGGGAACUGGUCGCCGUGCACUGGCCAAGGAGUUUGAGAAGCAUAAUGUGCAGACCAUGUUCAUUGAAAGCCAUUGCACCGACGAGCGCAUUAUCGAGGAGAAUGUACGAUCAGUGAAGAUCAGCUCGCCAGAUUACAUUGGAUGGACGCCGGAGGAUGCUGUCAAGGACUAUCUCCGCCGUAUCAACGCGCGGAUACCUCACUUUGAGUCUGUCGAGGAGUCGGACCUGCACUACGUCAAGAUGAUUAAUGCUGGCGAGAGGGUGGUCGUGAACAACUGUGCAUUCGGCUACUUGUCGCAGCGGAUUGUCUUCUACCUGCUCAACCUGCACAUCAAAAGCCGUCAGACUUACUUUUGUCGUGCUGGGACCACACUCGCAGAGGAAAGCUACAAAGGAGAUGCAAGUCUCAGUGCGGAAGGCCAAGACUAUGCACGCAAAAUGACCGAUGCGUUGGAAGCACAUCGAGAAUCGGAAAGACUAAAUCUGAUUCAGCAUGGCGCUCCAGAAUCGACUGCUCUCAAACCGCUCAAUGUCUGGACGUCGACCCGCAAGCGGACAGUCGAGACUUCACAUUGCCUGGCAGAGAGGGGCUACCGAGUGAGGCAGCGAAGUCAAAUGAGCCAGCUCAAUCCUGGAGUCUGCGAGAAGCUGAGUGAGCGCCGGAUCCGAGAGAUGUUCCCUGAGGAAGUUGCGAAGCACGAGCAGGACCCAUAUCACCACAGAUAUCCACGAGCAGAGUCCUAUCACGACCUCGCAGUUCGUCUCGAGCCUAUCAUUCUCGAGCUAGAACGCGAGCAAAAUGAUUUACUCAUCAUCGCCCACGAGUCCGUCCUACGAGUCCUCUACGGCUACCUCAUGGCCUGUUCAGCAACCGACAUCCCCAGCCUCGAAUUUCCACGCGAUGAGAUCAUCGAGAUCAUUCCAGCUUCUUACAACAACAGUGCCAAACGCAUCCACAUUGCCGAUCUGCACCCCAAACUCGUGCCCGGCAGUCCAGAGGAUCUCAAAAUUCCUGUACCGCCCUCCGGUGCAGUGUCGCCUUUCAGUGGAGUCGGUACGCCAGCGAACGGAUCGAACACGCCGGAAAACCGAGAUAUUGACAGUGCUACUCUUCCGAUGAGUAUUGAGGGGACCAUUAGUCCGAGGUAA